AUGAAGAGCACCCGCAGCAGCUCCUCCUUCCAGGGCGCUGGUUCUGGCAGCGUGGAUCUGAGCCUCACGGGCCUCCCCGCACCGGUCUCGCGGCGUCCCAGCAGUGCCUCUCCGGCCAAGCACAUGGCACGCUCCGUCUCGGUCACUGCUGAUGGCAAACCAAAGAGGAAUGCUCUGGAAGAUGCGGGAUCCCGGGCAAUGAACAACCUCCGGAGGUCCAGCAGCACCACCCAGGUUAACCAGCGGGCGAACAGCACGCGCAGCUCGGAGCGGCCAGGAGACUUCCUGACCUUCUUUGAGAGCGGUGCUGGGGGAAGAAAGAAACUGGCGACACUGAGCAAAACCUCCCCGGAAAAGAAAACCACAUGGAACAUCUUGGACGAUCAGCCGCGAGCGUUCCCAGGCCCCUCCAGCUCCCGCAGCACUGAGCCACCAGCAGGCAUGAGGAGGAAAGAAGCCACCACGCUCCUGGCAGCCAACUUCACCGCCAACAACAGGAGCAACAAGGGCGCGAUGGGCAACUGUGUCACCACCAUGGUGCACAACAACUACUCCACCACUGAGAAGGGCUCUGCGCCCAAAAGCUCCAACCAGGCACCCAGCUCCCUCAACAAUAUUGUCAAAGCGACCUCAAACGAGGACAGUGAAAGCAGCAGCUUUGUGAAGUCUCAGAAGAAUUUCUCCAGCAACAACAUCAUGACCCGCAACAACAACAGCAGCCUGCCCCGAAGGAAGGAGGUGACCGAGGAGGAGGCAGAGAGGUUCAUCGAGCAGGUGAACCUGGCUGCCGUCACCAUCCAGCGCUGGUACCGACGCCACUCACAACGGCACAGGGCGGCAGCAGCAGCUCUGGGGCGCUUGCUGGCUUCCAAAACGGAGGAAAGGCAGCAGCGGAUGGAGGAAGGGAAUAUCCUGGAUUUGCACAAGAGGAAGGAUGAGGAACGCCGGAAGAUCCGAGAGGAGAAGGCGCGCCUGGCCCGACGUGCUGCCAUCCAGGAACUGCACCAGAAAAGGGCCCAAAAGGCUUCAGAUGCAAAGCACUUGGCAGAAGAAGAGCUUGCACUGGUGAAGGAGAGCAGAAGGGCAGCAAAGAAGAAGCCUGCCAAACCUGCUUCUGCAAGGAACACCAGUCCGGCCAGCAGCGUCACCAAAGCCAAUAACGCUGGUGAGUCCCUUCUGCAGGUCUCCCAUGCUUUUGGAGCAGUGCGUGACAUGAGGGGGAAGGAGGAGGACGGAGGAGCAGCUCUCACACUGGAGAGCUGCUUCGAAGGGGCUUUCUUGCAAGUGCCUGAGAACAGUCUGGUUCCUCCAGAGGCCAAUUUCCACUCGGUAGCUGCAGAGCCAGAAGAAAGCGGCCUCGCAGACCUUGGCUCCGGGCCCUCGCGGGACCCCGAGGCAGAGGACAAGCUGCAGGAUGUGAGCUCCAGAGAGACAGGUGGUGAGGAUCUGGAGACGGUGGUGACUGCUGUCGGCCAGGCUCAGUCCAAGGUCACUCUCAAUGAGCUGCUGGACACGCUCAGGCUGUUGGAGGAAGAACCAGAGCUGCUGCCCCCACCAAAGCUCUUCAAGAAAGACAGAUAUGCCUGGAUAGACAGGGAGCCCAGCUCCAAUUCCCUGACUGCUGAUAACUUGGAGAAGUUUGGGAAGCUGAACCACUCCCCGGGGGUCCCCGAGGACGGGGCCCUGCUCUCAGAGGCCAAGCUUCAAAGUAUCAUCAGUUUCCUGGAUGAGAUGGAGAAGUCGGAACAGGAGAGGCCCAGGUCGGCCGCCUCGGCCACGCAGCGGGAGGGUUUCCUCUUGGAAGAGGAGCUGGCUCACUUGGAGCAGGCAUCGGCUGUUGCCACAGAGGUCACAAGCUCCAUCAUGAGGCUGAAGCUGGAAGUGGAGGAAAAGAAGCGAGCCAUCAGCCUGCUGCAGACGGCCCUGGCUCAGCAGAGGGACCUGACUGUCCGGCACGUCAAACAGACCGAGAAGGAGCUCGGCCACCAGCUCAAGCUGCAGAGGGAGCAGUAUGAGGCAGCUAUCCAGAGGCACCUGGCCUUCAUCGACCAGCUCAUUGAUGAUAAGAAGGUGCUGAGUGAGAAGUGUGAGGCUGUGGUAGCUGAACUGAAACAAGUGGACCAGAAGUACAGCAAGAAGAUCACCCAGAUGCAGGAGCAGCAUGAACUGGAGAUUAAGAAACUGAAGGAGCUGAUGAGCGCAACUGAGAAAAUCAGGCGGGAGAAGUGGAUUGAUGAGAAAACCAAAAAGAUCAAAGAAAUCACCGUGAAAGGGCUGGAGCCAGAGAUCCAGAAGCUGAUUGCCAAGCACAGGCAGGACAUCAGGAAGCUGAAGAUGCUGCAUGAGGCCGAGCUGCUGCAGUCGGACGAGCGGGCUGCCCAGCGCUACAGCCGGCAGGCAGAGGAGCUGCGGGGCCUGCUGGAGCGGGAGAAGGAGGAGCAGAGCCAGCGGGAGCGGGAGCGGGCCCGGCAGCAGUGUGAGCAGCAGCUGGAGCAGGAGGAGCAGGCACUGCAGCAGCAGCGACACCGGCUCUACGCUGAGGUGGCCGAGGAGAAGGAGCGGCUCAGCCAGCAAGCGGCCAGGCAGAGAGCGGAGGCGGAGGAGCUGCGACGGCAGCUGGAGGCAAGCAGCUUGGCCGUCACCAGGGCGCUGAAGGAGGAGUACGCAAAGGAGAAGGAGGAGCAGGAGAAGCGGCAUCAGGCAGAAGUGAAGGUGCUGAAGGACCGACUGGAGAUCGAGAAGCAGGCCUGGGAGGCGAGCUACAUGAAGAAGGAGGAAGCCUGGCUGCUCUCCCGGGAACGGGAGCUGCGGGAAGAGGUGAGGAAGGAGAGAGACAAAGAGAUCGAGCUGGUGAUCCAGCGCCUGGAGGCAGACAUGUCCUCGGCCAAGGAGGAGUGCGAGAGGGCAGCAGAGAACAGGAUUAAGAGGAUCCGAGACAAGUACGAGGUGGAGCUCCAGGAGCUGGAGAGAUCUGAACGGAAGCUGCAGGAGCGCUGCAAUGAGCUGAAGGGGCGGCUGGCGGAGCUGGAAGGGGAGAGCGUUCGUCUGCAGGGCCUGUUGAAGCACAAGGAGCAGGAGGUAGAGGAGAUCCAGAAGGUGAGGGACCAGCUGGCCCAGGAGCGGAGCAGCCUGGCAGAAGUGAUCCGGCAGGAGUUUGCUGACAGGCUGGUGAGGACAGAGGAGGAGAACAAGCAGCUAAAGGCAGAGAUGGCAGAGAUGAGAACCCGGCAGCGCUUGGAGCUGGACAGGGUAGUGCGGGAGAAGGACAAAGAGCUGGAGGAGGUUCAUAGAAG